ACAAUUCUCCCAAUUUCCCCUAAGGCAUUUUAUCUUUUUACCACCCAUCUUUCUUACAAGAAGCUUUAUAUCAAUUGAUUUUACAAUGGUUCAAGGAAAAGUAUUGGUCGUGUCAAACAGACUUCCAGUCACCAUUACUCGUAAGCCAAAUGGCUCAUAUAACUACUCAAUGUCCUCUGGAGGUCUUGUUACUGCCCUUCAGGGUCUCAAGAAGUCGACCGAGUUCCAAUGGCUCGGCUGGCCGGGCUUAGAACUUCCAGAAGACGAACAAGACAAGGUCAAUGCUGAUCUUUUGGAGAAAUUCAACUGUACUGCCAUUUUCUUGAGUGAUCAAAUCGCUGAUCUUCAUUACAAUGGAUUCUCUAAUUCGAUCUUGUGGCCAUUGUUCCAUUACCAUCCUGGUGAAAUGAAUUUUGAUGAGAAUGCAUGGGCUGCCUACAUAGAGGCAAACCGUCAAUUUGCUACCAAGAUUGCCGAACAAGUCGAGGAUAAUGAUAUGGUUUGGGUGCAUGACUAUCAUUUGAUGUUGUUACCACAAAUGCUUCGUGAGGAAAUUGGUAAUAAGAAGAAGAAUAUAAGAAUUGGAUGGUUUCUCCAUACCCCAUUCCCAUCUUCUGAAAUCUAUAGAAUCUUACCUGUCCGUAAAGAGAUUUUGGAAGGUGUAUUGAGUUGUGAUUUGAUUGGUUUUCAUACUUAUGAUUAUGCUAGACAUUUCUUAUCGUCUGUGCUGAGAAUAGUCCCUAAUGUUUCCACGUUACCUAAUGGGAUUCAAUACAAGGGUCGCUCCAUCGUUAUUGGUGCCUUCCCGAUUGGUAUUGACGUUGAUAAAUUUGUUGAAGGUUUAACUAAACCUUCUGUUGUGGAUAGAAUCCAACAACUUAAACAAAAAUUCGGUGACACUAAGGUUAUUGUUGGUGUGGAUAGAUUGGAUUAUAUCAAGGGUGUCCCACAAAAGCUUCAUGCAUUUGAAAUCUUUUUAGAUGAAAACCCAGAAUGGAUCGGUAAAGUGGUUCUUGUUCAAGUUGCCGUACCCUCUCGUGGAGAUGUUGAAGAAUAUCAAUCCUUGCGUGCCACUGUCAACGAAUUGGUUGGUAGAAUCAACGGUAAAUUUGGAACUGUUGAAUUUGUACCAAUUCAUUACAUGCACAAAUCUAUUCCAUUUGAUGAAUUGAUCAGUUUGUAUCACGUUUCUGAUGUUUGUCUUGUGUCUUCCACUAGAGAUGGGAUGAACUUGGUUAGUUUUGAAUACAUUGCUUGUCAACAAAAUAACAACGGGGCUUUGAUCUUAUCUGAAUUUGCCGGUGCUGCACAAUCUCUUAAUGGUGCUAUCAUCGUUAACCCAUGGAACACUGAAGAACUCUCUGAAUCUAUCAAGGAAGCUCUUACUUUACCAGAAGAAAAGAAAGUGGUCAACUUUAAAAAAUUGUUCGAUUACAUUUCAAAGUACACUUCAGGAUUUUGGGGUGAAAGCUUUGUAAAGGAAUUGUACAAAUGUGCUCUUGAAAAGAAGGAUUAGAAUAUAUAGGUAUACG